AUGGACAAGAAGCGGGACAGUGUGAUACCUAGCGUUCACAGAGGAAAUUCAUGGAUUGAACAUAAAUUGAAGAAACGCGAAUGUUGUCGAUUUGUGCCAUCGCAAAAAUACUCGACGAGGUGUGGCUGUGGCAUGGGAAUCGAUCAGCAUCCAGCCGAAGCUCAAAAGCCUAUCAAACCGUCAAAUUUUCUUCUAUUACCUGGCGGAGACGAUGAAACAACAAACAAUGACUCGGAUGGCUUUGAUAUGUCUAAAAGCGGUGGCAGGAAGGCUCAACGUUGGACGAUCGGCAAAAAUACCGCCACUGCACCGACGGACGCCUAUGGAACUAUUGUGUUCGAAGGAUGUGUCCAUCAAUCUCGUGCUCAUUACGUUCGAACCAGCUUCGACACCGACCCGGCAGCUUUGAAUCAUCUUUUCCAAGAGAUUUGGAAACUUCCACCGCCGAAAUUGGUUAUAACAAUCCAUGGAGGGCUGACAAACUUCGAUCUACAACCGAAAUUGGCUCGAAUCUUCCGCAAAGGGAUACUCAAAGCAGCUCGAUCAACAGAUGCCUGGAUAAUAACGUCAGGACUUAACACCGGGGUUGUACCGCAUGUCGCCUCGGCUCUUGAAGAUCUUGGCUCGGCGUCACGAUCUCGAACUCGAGUGAUCGCCAUCGGAGUAGCACCAUGGGGUAUGCUCAAACGGAGGAAUCGCUUUGUCGGGGUGGACAAAUCUGUUCACUACGCCCCAAAUCAGUUCAACAAGUCACGACUGGCUGAGCUAAAUGAUCGCCAUUCGUAUUUCCUAUUUGCCGACAAUGGGACCGUUGGAAGGUAUGGUUCUGAGAUAAUACUGAGAAAACGGCUCGAAACCUAUCUUGCCCAGCACAAAUCUUCAUCGGUUCCGGUCGUCUGCGUGGUUUUGGAGGGAGGUGCAUUUACAAUCAAAGUGGUCCAUGACUAUAUAACGUCUUCCCCACGUAUUCCCGUUGUCGUUUGUGAUGGUAGCGGACGAGCAGCCGAUCUUUUAGCCUUCACACAUCAAGCCAUUGGAGACGACGGAAAGCUAACCGAUUCAGUUUAUAAUCAGUUGAUGUCAUUGGUGGAGAUGGUGUUCAAUUAUGAUGAGAAGAAUGCCGCUCGAAUCGUUCGACAGCUCGUGGACUGCGCCCGUCAAAGAAACUUGAUGACCGUAUUCCGUAUGGGUGAACAACGUCAGGAAGUCGAUCAUGCAAUUCUAACAGCUUUACUGAAAGGCCAAAAUCUUAGCUCACCCGAACAACUGCAACUGGCUUUGGCAUGGAAUCGUGCUGAUAUCGCUCGUUCGGAGAUUUUCACCCUGGGAACGGAAUGGAGCACCCAAGACCUUCACAAUGCCAUGAUGGAGGCUCUAUGUUGUGAUCGAACGGAUUUCGUUCAACUGCUACUGGAAAACGGUGUUUCCAUGCAUCGAUUUCUGACCUACGGUCGUUUGGAACAUCUCUACAAUACCGACAAGGGACCACCCCAUACGCUUCGCUCCAAGAUGGGAAUCACAUCGAAGAGACAUCAUCGGAUAAAGUUGACUGAGGUUGGUCACACAAUGGAAGAUCUCAUGGGUCACGCGUACAAAUCAAAUUACACCAAAGAUGACUUCAAAGCCAAGUAUUUUGUAUUCUCCAAUCGAAGGCAGUUAGGCUAUCAAAAAACGGACCGUGAGGACGUGAGAUUGCGCUCAGAAAAUCUCAAAGAAGACAAAGACCCAGAUCAUUCCGUUAGGAUGGACCUACUCCAUACGGCGAGGAACUCCAUAAUAUCGAUUUUUGGUGGACGACAUGACAAUGAAGACGGCGAAGGUGAUGAAUUCUCAAACAAUGAGGACGACUCAUUGGACUUCACCUUCAAGUACCCUUAUUCGGAGCUGCUCAUCUGGGCCGUUCUGACGAAACGUCACAACAUGGCGUUGCUAAUGUGGAAACACGGAGAGGAGGCUAUGGCUAAGGCGCUGGUGGCAUGUCGUCUUUUCGAUUCACUUGCAAAUGAUGCCUCACAAAACUAUUUGGAGUUGGAAAUCUGCGAAGAAUUGAGGAAGAACAGCGAGGAAUUUCGUGAGCUGUCGAUAGAAGCCCUGCAGUAUUGUACCGAACAGGAUAAGGAUAUCACACUACAACUUCUUACCUAUGAACUGACAAACUGGGGUAACGAAACCUGCCUCUCGUUAGCGGCUCUGAACAACAAUCGACAAUUUCUGGCUCAUCCAUGCUGUCAGCUGCUUCUAUCAGAUCUGUGGCAAGGUGGGCUUCAUAUAAGGAACAGCGCCAACCUCAAGGUUCUCGGUUCUUUACUGAUGCCAGCAAUGAUUUUUAUGAUGGAAUACAAGACGAAAGAGGAGCUGAUGCUUCAACCGCAUACAUUUGCUGAACAUCUCGAGGAAAAUUCUGAAAGUGACUCAUCGCUGAGUGAUGACACCAGCUUCAGUGACAGUAGCUCAAGUGAGACUGAAGAGGAUGUCCAUAACGAAAAGCUGACUCGACCACAUGCUGGAAGUGAAAAAGAUCCGAUCCCACUGAGUUUUCAGCAGUUGAUGCGUGAUAAGUUACGAUUUUCGUUCCGAAAUCAUCACGGCUCACCUAAUGGAAAUGGAAUGGUCAUUGCGCCACAGAUACAGCGUUCUCGAGCAAGGACCAUAUCAGUAACAAACAGGAAACGGAGAUCAAAGAAGGACGGAGACAGCGAUGACAGUAGCGACAAGAAUCGAGGUAAAUCGCGUCGUCGUUCCUCAAAAAAGCAUUCGAGCCUUUAUCUCAGCCGCCCACACUCAGAAGACGGCGAACAAGAUACUCCACAGAAACCGCAUCCGACCACUUUCAGAGAUCGCGAAACUCUUCGAACAGGGCAGCGAUCGAUCUCAUGGCGACGUAAACUUCGUGAAUUCUAUUCUGCUCCGAUUACGACAUUCUGGUUGUGGUCCCUGAGUUUCUACAUAUUUCUUAUUGCUCUCUCUUACACGAUUCUGUUGAAGACACCGAGAUACCCUUCAUGGGUAGAAUGGUAUCUGAUCUCGUACGUGGUUGUAUGGCUUAUCGAGCUGCUGAGAAAGCUAGUGAUGAUAGUGAUGAUCGAUCGAAAACAGCAAAUGUGGCGGAAAGUUUUGCUCUACUUUGGUAACUACCGUAACGGUGUACUGCUUUUCGCUACCGUAACCUAUGUGAUCGCAUUCUGUAUACGCUGUAAUCCUUCUUCCAGAAUGGUGGGUCGAGUGUUGUUGGUGUGCAAUUCCGUCCUGUGGUCAUUGAAACUACUUGAUUACUUGCGAGUAUUCCGUCAACUUGGACCUUACAUAACAAUGGCAGCGGAAAUGAUUCCUCGAAUGCUACCGAUUCUUGCGAUGCUGUUCGUUUCACUGUUGGCAUUUGGUCUAGUUCGUGAAGCCAUAACCUAUCCCUAUGAGAAUUGGCAUUGGCUUCUUCUUCGAAAUAUCUUCUACAAACCAUAUUUCAUGCUGUAUGGUGAAGUUUAUGCACCAGAAAUUGAUGUCUGUGGAGAUGAAAUAUGGGAUGCUCAUAUCGAACAGGACGUGCCUAUCGGAUCUGAACUGCUCAACAUAACUGGAGAAGGAUGUGUACCGGGUUAUUUUGUUGCACCGCUGUUUAUGACCGUGUUCAUGUUGAUUGCUAAUGUUCUGUUGAUGAACACCAUGGUUGCAUGCUGUACGUAUGUGUUCGAACACAAUGUUGAAAAUACCCAAGAGAUUUGGCUUUUUGAACGAUACAGUCAGGUAUGUCCUGUUUAUGAACCAUGUAAUACAGGAGAUUACCGUGGGAACGGAAUGAAUACCUAUCAAAACCAAUUUAACCCAAUGAAACACGACACAAGAGCAACUACAUAUUUAUAG